AGCGGAACUCUCGCGCUCUCGUUCCAUGAGCCCGUCGGACAGAUUAGACGACGCACCACCAAUGUCAACCACAGCGCAUUGACUCAACUGACCUCAGAAUUGUUCCUAAUUUUAAGGUCACUGCUCUAUUGUCGACAUGCAGUAAUGUUUAAUGCGUUUUCACGCUAAGCGCGGAAACCUUCCCCCGUCUUUGUAGUCUGUUUUCCCGUUCGUCCAUCGCGGAUCUUAACCGGACAAGAUGCGCCUCACGCUGCAAAUGUUAAUCUCCCACGGCCGGGUGGCCCGGAGGAUUGGUCUCGGUCCGCAGUCCCGAAUCAACAUGCUGCGGAACAUCUUGACUGGACUGGUCCGACACGAGAGGUUAGAAACCACGGCGGGCCGAGCAGAUGAAGUCCGCUUCUACGCCGAAAAGCUGAUCGACUACGCCAAAAAGGGAGACACUGAUGAGAAGGCGAUGAAAAUGGCCAGUUUUUGGCUGACGGAAAAGGAUCUAAUCCCAAAGCUCUUCAAGGUCCUUGCUCCACGCUUUGAGACUCAUUCAAAUUGCUACACACGGAUGGCACGCAUCCCCAACAGACAGAACCUGGACAGAGCUAAGAUGGCAGUCCUGGAGUACAAAGGCAACCCCUUCCCGCCUCUCUUUCCUGCGAAAAAAGAGAAUGAACUCACUCUCAUUAACCAGCUGCUCAAAGGCUACCGAGAGGAUAGGGCACAACAGUUAGCUGCCAGAGCUUAAUUAAAACCAUGCUGGUGUUGGAUCAGUGAUAGUGGUCCCUGCAGGGUGAUGGCAGGGUGCUGAGACGCUUCUGAAGAGUCAGUUGCAGAUGCUGCAGAUUAUGGCUUUUACAGACUGAUUUCUAAAGUUCACAGAAACAACAGUUCAGCUCCAUAGUCAACUGAUGGGAAGGAAAUUUAUGACAACUAUGUAUUAAUAAAUAUUAUUUCUUAACAAAAUUAA